CAAAUGCAAUGCUUGUCAAAAUUCGUAAGAUGAAGAGCUUAUCUGAUGAUGAUGAAGUUGCAUAUGCUCAAGAAGCUAGUUCGCAGUCAUCUGGAGCAUAUUCACAACCAGCUUGGAUGCGUGCAUUAUAUACCACUGUUGAUAAUUGGUUGAAGAUAUUGCCAAAAACUCUAUCACCCAUGAAACGUACCGCAGAAAGUAUCAAGAAUCCAUUAUUCCGAUUCUUUGAUCGUGAGAAUCAAAUUGGAUGCAACUUAUUGAACAAAAUCCAACAAGACUUGAGUGAUAUUAAAUUGGUUUGCGAAGGUCAAUUAAAACAAACAAAUCAUUUACGUAUGUUGCUUAACUAUUUAACAAAAGUACCAAAAACCACUUCAUUGAAUCAUUGGGUAGCAGAUUUCAAAAGUCGUUUGCAACAACUUGAAAAUAUAACUAAAGAAAGCAAUUACACAAGUUUGGAAGUUUGGCUUGGUGGACUUUUUAUGCCAGAAGCAUACAUUACAGCUACUAGACAAGCAGUAGCACAAAAACAUAGGUGGUCACUUGAAGAAUUGAAAUUAGAGGUUGAUUUAAACACUAGUGGUUCUCCUAAUUCAUUUGCUAAUUUUCUUUUAUGGGUUUUAGAG